AAAUUCCGGAAGUAGAUGGCUAAUUGACCGCCAUGUUUGGGCCUUCGCUCUCCUGGGCCUGCCCUCUGCCCGUUCCUCCCAUCCCACCUCGUGAGGGUGGGCCCCAGGAGAGAGGGUGUUAAACCCAGCAUUUCUCCUUCCUCAGGAUGGGGGUGGGGUUAGAGACAAGGCAAACAGGACGCAGUGCUCCUAGGAAUCCGGACAGAAACUGCCCUGGAAACGCGCCCCUUAGCACGCAGACUUCAUUUCCCAGAAGCCCUAGCGUACCAGCUGACAUGCCCGAGCCUAUAAAAGCUCAGGCAGCGCCCUCUGUAGCGAAUCCCGCGGACUGCAGGCUUGCCGGAAAGAGUUGUUGAUCAGAAUGGCUUCAGGACGUUUUUACCUGUCCUGCAUGCUGCUGGGGUCCCUGGGAUCACUGUGCAUCCUCUUCACCACCUACUGGAUGCAGUACUGGCGUGGCGGCUUUGCCUGGGAUGGCAGCGUGCACAUGUUCAACUGGCACCCAGUGCUCAUGGUCUCUGGCAUGGUGGUACUCUAUGGAGCUGCCUCGCUGGUGUACCGCCUGCCCUGGUCGUGGGUGGGGCCCAAACUGCCCUGGAAAGUUCUCCAUGCGGCACUGCACCUGCUGGCCUUCACCUUCACUGUUUUGGGGUUGGUUGCCGUCUUUCGGUUCCACAGCCAUUCAAAAAUCACACACCUCUACUCCCUGCAUAGCUGGCUGGGCAUCACCACCGUCAUCCUCUUCGCCUUCCAGUGGUCCAUGGGCUUUGCCAUCUUUCUCCUGCCCUGGGCAUCUCAGUGGCUGCGAAGCCUCCUGAAACCUGUGCACGUCUUCUUCGGAGCCUGCAUCCUUUCCCUAUCCAUCACAUCUGUUAUUUCCGGCAUCAAUGAGAAGCUGUUCUUUGUUUUGAAAAAUGUCACCAAGCCCUACUCCAGCCUGCCUAGUGAGGCAGUCUUUGCCAACAGCACCGGGCUCUUGGUGGUGGCUUUUGGUCUACUGGUUCUCUAUGUUCUUCUGGCUUCACCAUGGAAGCGUCCAGACCCAGGAGCUCUGACUGACAGACAGCCCCUGUUGCAUGACAGGGAGUAAAGCGGGCAGGGCUCCCGGGAGCAGUCGGCCGUGCAGUCUCUGCUCCCUCAGAAGCUCUUCUGUACUUGGGGCUCCUGGCUGGUUUCAGCAACAAACUUCUCUUGGGCCAGAGACCAAGCUUGCUACACCAGUUCUGGGCUCGCUUUCUCCAGCCAUUUGCUGUCCAUCUGCUUUUCUUGAUGGCUUUGACUUGUUGGCAUUUUUUCAAGGGCCUCCUUGCCUUAGUCAUUCAUGUCUCUUGUGCUGGUGUGCAGAAUUUGGGCUGCUUUCUCCUCACCACUCCUAGGGAUGUGGUAGAAACCAAAGCUGAGGCCCAAAUGUAGUCCAUACAUGCAAGAUAUAAAGUCUGCUCUCUGUGGGAGCAUUUGUCUCCGUUAGGCAGGCUUCCUCUGCUCUAUCUUGGAUGUGCAUUUGGGUGGGCAGAGCCGUUGGGAGAUAACCAAUGGGACAGUAGCAGCAGGAGAAGGCUCUGCAGUAGUCAGGUACCGGUCCCUCUGAGCUGCUCUGUUCACUUUGGGGCGCUGUGUUGCGUGUAUUGUGACCAUGUGGCUCCCCCUCUUCUAGUUGCUGCUUCAACUGCUGCCUGGAUCCCGCCCUUUCCCUGUGACUUACAUGCCUGCCCCCCUCAGGCAACCCUAUGAGCCCUGGUAAACUGUUCUCCCAAGAACAGGCAGCCUGACC